ACCAUCCGAGAUGAGGUUCCGAGAACCUCUGUCCACCUUACUCCCCAUGGCUAGAGCUCCGGCCGGCUGCAGCCGGGAUCUGAACUGGAUCUACCACAGCCUGUGUAACCUGAAGGAAGGGUGGGGUAUUCUGGUCGAGGCGCUAGCGGUGGCGGGGUUGGCGCUGGGUGCCGGACUGACGGUGGCCCUUCUGGUGCUGACGCACCUCUCGUGGGGCCGCAGCUCGGCUGCGUGGUGGAAGGGACUGACGCUACCGGCGUUGCGGGUGAUGUUGGCGGCCGGCGCCUGGGGUUGCCUGGGGCUCAGCUUUGCUUUCGUGGUGAAGCCGCAUGCUGACAACUGUGCGGCCCGGCGCUUCCUCCUCGGUGCCGUGCCCGCCCUCUGUUUCGCCAGCCUAUGCGUCCAGGCAGGACUCCUGUUGCGGCGGGGCGGCGGCAGAACGUCCCCGCUUUGGCUGCUGGCCGCCCUCACUCUCUUCCUGGUGGAGUGUCUGAUUAAGGCGGUGUGGCUGAUCACGUCGACUGUCCGGGCGCGGCCACUGAAGUCCGUGCCAGGGCAGAACCCCUGUUCGGUGGCCAAGAGCGACCUCGUGGGUUCUCUGGUCUAUGUGAUGGUGCUCUUGGCGACCGGGCUGGCGCUGUCGCUGGCCGCUCUCCUCAAGCGACACCGGCGGGGCCCCCGCCGGCGGUGGAGGGAGGCCGGCUAUCUGCUGGUAGCCGCUGCCCUCUCUGCCGCCGUCUGGACCGUCUGCCUGGCCGCCUACCUGCGCGGCGAGCGCCGACCCUCCUGGAUUCCCUACCGCGACGCCUGGGACGAUUCGCCGCUCGCCGCCCUGUUACUGGCGAACGGCUGGGCGCUGCUGGCUGGCUGCCUCCUACCAUGGGUGCUGGAGGCGUGGAGGGCCCGGAGAAGAGGCGAGGAGGAUGAGGACGAGACGGACAGCGAGGGGCGGGACAGUCUGGGCGUGUCCAGGGUCAGUUCGGCGGACAACAAGUCGUUCCAGCCCGAGGCAGGGAAGUUGAAAUCCCCUUUUGAGGACGUCGGUCCGAUGGCGAUGCUGAAGCUGAACUCCUUACCCCCGCGGCAGCAACAGCGGUUGUCCACCGUCUCUAACCCCCAGUACCGGACGCACUUCCAGUGAGCGAACCGGCGCCAGCACGUUCGGCCUCAGGAUCCCGCUGCGCGAUGAAACCUGGGAUUUCGGAACCUGGAGAGACAUUGGAAAGGGUGGGAAUAGGAGUGGUGGCUCGAUUUGGUUGGGG